UACUUUAAAAUGAUUAAGCAGGAAAUUCUUUUAAAUAAACAUCUACUUUCUGUAAACAUAUUUUAAGUAGUCCGAUGAUGCGUUAGAUCUGGGUAAUCAUAGGUAUCUUAACUAAAAUUGAACAUUUGCCGAUUAGCUCACGGUUCACUUGUAUGAUGCAAAUUGGUCAGAGAUCAGAUCAAUUUGUACCUGUCUAAAGUAAUUAUUUUUCGUGUUUCUAGCUGUGAAGUGUUACUCAGUAGGCUCGUCGUCAAAUUUGAAAAAUAAGUCUUUUUAUCGUAUUUAUUUUUUCGGUGUAGUUUUUAGUAGAUUUGGGUAGUCUUUUAGAUAGACAAUUGUCAACAUCAAACAAUCUGAAUCUAUGGCCGUUUAUGAAUAGUUGACUUGAAAAUUGAAGUUGAAGGUUGAAAAUUGAUUUCCCCUUGUUCAUUUUUUAAUUAUUCUUUUAUAUUCUGAAUGAAAUAAGAGUUUAAUGUUGGGGGAGACUAAAUUAAACAUUGCAUAAAUCAUGGUGUAAUCGAAAAUUAAGGUGAAAAUAGCUUAGUAUUGUAACUUUAUGUUACCAAUUCGAAAUGGUGAUUCAGAAGACUUGGAGUAAUGUGGAUGUAGCAAAGAAUGCUAUUCCUACAGAAAAUCAGCCAGCUACUCCAUGGAAUUUUCAAGCUCCUGUUAAAGCAUUAACUAAUCGAGCAAAUCCAACAAUUAAUAUGCAAACGAAACAACCAAUAACUCGACAAAUAGCGAUUAAUACCUUGGCCACCAUGCACAGGCGCUUUAGUCUGCCUGGUCCUGUACAGCCACAUUCAAGGCCUAUUGCUGAGUUCCGUGCUAGUGCUAAUAAAUCAUUGGAUAUGCUCCGGCAAACCAUUCAGUCAGCUGUUACUAGAGAAAUCGAUCAGGUUAUCAAGAAGUAUUUAGAGAAAUUUUUUGUCCCUGCAGUAAACAAUAUAAGAUUAAACUUGGGAGAUGAAUCUGUUAGUGAAGAUCAGGUGAGAGCAGUGUGUCGUGCAAUGUUAGAUGCUACUAGACUGUUGUAUACCACACCAUCUCGCCCUGUAACUACAACUAAUGAAGCAUGUGAAAGUACUAAUGAGACAGCUGAUACAAGAUUUACUAAGCAAACUUUACAGAGUCAAUUACAAAGUAAAAGAAAAGAGCAAGAUAUUGAUUCGGAUUUGACUAAUAAAUGUAAGAAGAUUAAACAGGAACAAAUAGUCGAGAAUGCUGUAUCUCCAAUGCCUGCUCACUCACUAAGAGAUCCAGAGAAGUGGAAUCCUGCCAGGCUGACUCAGGAUACACUUUUUAUAAUGGGAUCUCAUGCUCAUAAGGUUUUGGGACUUGGCAAUGCAAGAGGGCGUUUGUAUACCAGACAUUCUGGUUUGCUCAGAUAUCCUGCAGACACUCUUGACAAAGAAUGGAUAGCCAGUCACAACUUAGUCAAUGCUGUUGGUGGAAAAACUUAUAUAAUGGUUUUAGAAGAUAUUGAAGAACUUGCAACCAGUGAUACUUAUAAGCAUAGCUCUUUGCCUAUGCUCGGUGAAUUAACAGGAUUUAAAGUGCCACCGUUUAUGUUAAGAAAAAUAAAGGCAUAUGUUUUAAAGAAAAUGCUCAGUGGUGAUAUUGGAAAUGCCGAUAGUCCUCAACCAUCAACUAGUAAUUCAAAUCAGGAGGAAAAAUACAAAGUGGACGAUAUAAAGUUGGAGAGCCAUGACAAUUUUGAUAGUAGUAAUUUUAAUGCAAGUCAGUACAUGACUAAUCCAGAUACUGGUAGAGAGUAUGCCGAUGUAUCGAAUAUGCUUAAAGAAGAUACUGAUUUUGCUGAUAUUAAAGUUGAAGAUAUGGACGAUAUAAAAGUUGAAAGUUUCAAAGUUGAAGAUUUGGAUGCGAUAAAAGUUGAUACAAUUAAAGUAGAAGAUAUUGAUGUGAGUGAUAUAAAAGUCGAAAAUAUCGACGAUAUAAAUGUUGAAGGAAUCAAAGUUGAGGAUAUAAAAUUAGAGAAUGAAGACGCAUUUUCACUUUGCAAACAAACAGAUGAUGUACAGAAUCAUUUAGUCGAUGGUUUGCUUGAAGCGGACAUAGAGUUUUUGAGCCGUAAUUUAGGUAACAUUGAAAGUGAUGCGGAUGCAAGGAAGACAAUUGAAAAAUUAACAGGAGCCAAUCCCGACACGAUUACUUUGGUUGGAGAUGAAUUUGAUUUAGGAACUACACUCAACACAGAUAAUUUUGGGGGUAGUCAGAACACAAAGUGUAUAACAGUGGCAUCAACUACAAGUGGCAUGGUACACAGUGUGCCUGUCGCUCACAUUGCCACGCCUCGCAUUACAGGCAGCACUUUGCACUACUACACGAGCUCCGCGGGGCCACAAACUGCUUCACGGACUAUACACCAUCUACCGCAAGCCACUGUCACUAUACAGAGUAUACCUGGGUCUACUUCGCAGAUGAUUCGUGGAUUACCUAUAAACACAAAGACAGGCACAAUCAGUACGGUCAUGUCUCAGGGUACCGCUGGAACUAUUAUUGGCUUCGGUACACGUUCAUCAAAUGCCACAGUUCUCAGUACCCCAGCGCAGUACAUCAAUGUAUCAUCAAAAUCAUUUCCAACGGGAAACAUUCUACAUAAUGCUAUAGUUUCAAGAAACAUCGUGAAUAGAAAUAACGCGACCACAACUGUCUCGUUCACCGCAGUUCGAACACCGACGCAUACGACAUCGUCCAAAAUAAGUUCAGUGCUAACUAAUUCUAGUGAUUUUGAUACGAUAUCUACUAAAGAUAUGAUUGAAAAUGCUACCAGUUCUUCGGUUAUGUUGAAAAAAGUGCUUACUCUCGGUAGCUCUGGGGUAAGUAAAUCGUUUAUGAUGCAUAACACCCAGAAAGUUUUAUCUACGGGUUUCGCGACAGGCGCGACCCCACCACCGAAUGUAACUAUAGUCAGUUCGGGUACUAGUGGUGGGAUUUUGAAUCAUACUUCUAAUAUAGUAUGUCCCACAUCUGGCAAUUUGAGUGCCACUCAUGCCACAUUGUCUGCAUUGUUGGCUUCAAAUGCCGACAAUGUUCAAUGCACACAAAAUUGACAGCAAUAUUAUAUUGCAGAUUAAUUGAAUUGUUCUCAUUUGUAAUAUUUUAUAUUAAACUUGCUAAAAUCCAAUGUAGGUUUCAACCAUUUUUAAAUAUCUUAGUAAUUAGUAAUAAUCUCCAUUAUAUUGACUAUAAUAUGAAGGAAGAGGAGAAUUGUCUUAAUAUAAAUAAAAAAAAACUUUGGCUACAAAUAAGAAGUUACAAAAUGUCAAAAAUUAAAUUAAAAUAAAUCCAGACUUUUUUAAAGCUUUUGUGUGUACUUACUGGUUGUAAUUGUGUCAAAUUAAAUGAACCAUUCGUUCAGAACGCUCACUUUGCUUUAAGUAUUAGCAUUAGCAAAUAUUGUGCGAGUCUUUGUGAUUUGUCUGUCACCUUAAGGUCUUUAUCUACCUCUUAUGUUACCUGACUGAUAAGCUUUUUAUAAUUAGUCAUUUAAAACUUUUGGUGUCAUCUUUGUGUUUUGUUUAUUAUGUAAUUUUAACACUAUUGCAACGACAAUAGAAUUCUAAUUUGAAUUCUAGAUAUAUUGCUAUUUCUUUUAUUCUCUUCGACAAAACAGGAAAGACUCUUAAGGUACACGUCCAUUGGGCCGAAAGGACGCACCGCACGCACAGAUUAAAUGCGUGCGGUACGUCCGUUGCGAGCCAAUGGACGCGUCGUACCUUUAGGAGCCUUAUAUUUAAACUAAUGAAAAUAUAACGACUUAAUUUUUUGUUUUGCGUAACUUUUUUUUUAAUAUUUAUAAGGUAAACGAAUCUCUGACAACGGUGACACCAAUUUAGUUAAAAAUAUUUUAAGCUUUCCUAUUGGAAGUUAUGGUUGUGUUUUUUAAUCCAGGGUAAUUUGUGACUGCAUUAAAUCAGUAUUAUUUACUUGAUAUAUUUUUCUAAGUAUCUUUUUCGAAAUAUUUUUCAGUGUUGAUUUUUAUCUUAACAUUGAAACUGUGCUUGAAUUGAAACGUUUUAAUGUAUACUGGUAUCUUUAAGAACUUUGUAGUAUUAAGGUAAGUCAAAAGGUAGAUGUUUUUAGAUAAGGAUUUACUCUUUAAAACUACAUUGAUAUUAGAAACAUUUUAAAUUGUCUAGGAAUACUAAGUUAAUUGUUAAAAAAAUUACCCUUACCCUAAAAUUCUAUACCCCAAUGUUUUGAUUUUGGUGUUUGAAAUUGUUUGAGAUUAGAGCUUAUGAUUCUUAUUUAUUAUAUUUCAGAGUUUCUUGAUUCCACGUUUUAAAGUUUGAAACGUUAUCAAAGUUGAUUAAGGUUAUUGCAUAUAUAUUUUUUUUGAUUACCCAAUGGCGGCCAAAUUUAACUGCGUUGUUGACGUGUUAUUUGUUCUAUCAAACAUAUAAUUUUAUGACUGAAUUACAUCAUCACGAAAUUCCAUUUCAAAUACGGGUUUUUGCAUUAAUAAUAGUGUUUAUAACUAUUAUUAUUUCAGUAGUCAUAUUUGUAUGGGAAAAAAACUUAAUAAUUCACAAUAACAUUAUGAGAUUAGUAAAUUUUUGUUAAGAGUUACUAAGUUUUACAAUAUGAAUAAAGAUGAUGUAUAUAUUUAAAUUGUUACAUACUAGAUGUCCCCGAUUUCGUUCUUGCGGAAUUAAAAAUCUAGAAACAAGUAAAGUCUUUGUCACAAGGGGAUAGUGCAGCUUCCAAAUUGUUAAAUAAGUUGUAAAAUCAGUUCAGUACUUUCAGAGCCUAUUCAAUGCAAGCAAGUAAUCAAAUCAUUCCUUAUAAUGAUGGUACAGAUUUUUAAAGUAUUACUUAGACAUUCCAUAACAAUACUGUUCAAGAUUCAGAGCAAAAUGUUGAUAAAAAAUAGUUUUUUUCAGUCAGUUUUAUAAAAAAUG